AUGACCGAGACAGCACCCGCCGAAACGGCUCCUCCAGCCGCACCCGCCGCCGCAAAGAAGACUCCCAAGAAGAAGGCGGCUGCCCGGAGCAAACCAACCGGUCCCUCGCUGGGCGAACAGAUCGAUAAGAUCGUGGCGGGUUGUCACGAUAGGAAGGGUAUGUCCGGUGCGGCCAUCAUGAAGGCUCUGGCCGACAGCGGUGUCGAUGUGGCGAAACGUCGCCCCCAGAUCAAGAUGAGCAUCAAGAGGAAAGUGGAAAGCGGCUCUUUGGUUCAGAUGAAGGGUUCUGGUCUUUCGGGAUCCUUUAAAUCCGGUAUAGGGAAAAGUGCCGUGAAGGUGGUGAAGAAAGCGAAGAAACCAUCGGCAAAGAAAUCUCCCAGCAAGAAGCUUGGCGCCAAGAAACCAGCGGCUAAAAAAGUGGGAGCUAAGAAACCAGCGGCGAAGAAACACGCAUCUAAGAAACCAGCGGCUAAGAAAGCGGCAGCUAAGAAACCCACGGCUAAGAAAGCGGCGCCGAAGCCCAAGAGCCCCAAGAAAGCCGCAGCCCCGAAGACGAAGGCGGCCAAGAAGCCGAAGUCGAAAUCCGCGAAACCCAAGAAGACAGCAGUCAAAAAGUGAAUUGAGAAUCCACCAUAUGUAACUAUCUGAACCCAACGGCUCUUCUCAGAGCCACCCACAUCUCAGAAAAGAUCUGAUUCAAAGUGUUGUGAUUCCCGUCCCGGGUCUGACUGAGCUUUCCGGGGGAACUUCUCACAUAGAACCGGAGAUUGACGGUACCUGACAUAUGGUGCGGCCGUGCCGUCUCGGUGUCUGAAAUGAGACACGGAUGCCCGAGCUGAGAUUGAGAGAUAUGGGAUGUGGGCAGUUUCAGGCCCAAUUCCUUCUCCGAUCUGGGAGAGAGUGACUGAGACAUAGACACCUGCGGAGAUUCAGCUGAGUUGAUUGGGAACUCCUGACACCUAUGCGAGAGGGGAGGGGGCGUGUUGAGAGAGGGAUCCGUCACUGGGGAUGGACUGCAGCGAGAGGAUAUAUGAUAAACUACCCGGUAGCAUUGCCGACUGACCUUCAUUCAGGUCCCAGCUACAAAACUAGUUUAUUUACACAAAACAUCAAUCAUGUACAGUAUUUGGCAGCCCUUUCCUUUGCCGUGGUAGUGGCUCUGAAAAGAGCCUUUUCUGGUGUUCGGAGUGUAG